UGUUUCGCUAUUUAUUUCUUUCUCCAAAUUUUCAAUUUAUUUUCAGCUUUUACUUUUAAUAAUUUUUACUUCACCACUGGCCAACGUUCCUCCAUAAAAUUGGUUUAUGCUGGUUAUCAUUUUGUUAAAUAUAUGGAAAAUUCCCGCGGCACCAAAUGGAUUUGUGCAACUCGUUCUUCCACAAAAUGUCGUGCUCGCGUGCGCACCACAAAAGAAUCUAAAUUAGAAGUAUUGCGACCAGAUCAUAAUCAUGAUCUGAUAAAACAGCGUAUAAAAAAACCAAAAGUUAAAUUAGACGAUGUUAAUAUUAGUUGUAGUUUAAUAGAUAAUAAACAAAAUCUAGAAUAAUAUUAAAUUGUUUCUAAAUUGUCGAAAA